CACAAAACCCUCCCACAAAUCUCUCUCCCUCCCUCCCACCUCCCUCCGCUUCUCUCUCCUCCUUUCCCCCUCCUCUCUCCCUCCGCUCUGCUCACCUCUCCCCGCCUCGGGAUUCGCGUCCGUCCCUUUCUCGCGUUCGUUCGUGCGGGGGCAGGAAACCAGGGUCGGCAGGGAAAGGGCGGCGGCGAGGAGCGGCAGCGGCGAGGAGCGGCAGCGGCGAGGAAGAGGGAGGCGAUGGCGGCGGCUAGGGUUUCGAUCCCGGCGGCGGUGCGGCGGACGAUCCAGAACAUCAAGGAGAUCGCGGGGAACCACACCGACGAGGAGGUCUACGCCGCGCUCCGCGAAUGCGACAUGGAUCCCAACGAGACCGCGCAGAAGCUCCUCCACCAAGAUACCUUCCAUGAGGUGAAAAGAAAGCGUGACAAGAAAAAGGAGAGCAACAAAGAAUCUGUUGACCCCCGAUGGAGACCUGGGACACAGGGGCGAGGUGGAAAAGGUGGCCGUGGGAACUAUUCUUCACGCCAAUUAAGCAACUCUAGUGAUGGCACUGGGAGAAAUGCUCCUGCUGGAAAGGAAAAUGACCUGAAUCCGAGCAUGGAUAAAUGUACUAGCCCUUCACCUGUCAAUCCAAGCACAGAAACGAAGCUAUCAACUUCCAUUUUAAGUUCGUCAGGUGGCUUAUCCAAUGGUCCAUCACAACCUCUUGCUCCUGUGGCGAAAUAUUCUCAGCCUACUUGUCAUUUGCCACCUUCAGAUUCAAAAGGACUGGCGGGUGUUAAAGGUACCCCAGAAGAGGCUGUCUUGGAUUUAGGUUCACAUGUAAACAACUCAUCAAUUCAGGCGCUAGGAGUGGGUACUUCUGUUUCAGACCCACUGCUUACGCCGCCCCUUCAACCCCACAGUCAUGGUGGUGAGAUCGUUGCCAACAAACAUGCUGUCAGAAAUCAGCGGUCAGCAGGUGAAUAUAAGGUGGUUUCUGAUGAUGCAUCAGCACUUCCGAAAGACACGCCUCAGUCUUCUGGUUCAUCUUCUACUGUGCUACCAUCUGGUAGCAGGCCAUCUUCUAGCUACAGUAGUCGCUCACAGCAGCCAAGUGGCUCGCAGAAAGCUGUUCCAAAUAAAGAGUGGAAGCCAAAACCAACGAACAAACCCGCCCAAGCUGAAAAUGUUACCCGUGAUGAUGUAGCUGUUACUGUGGAGGUUGUUCCACAGUCAGUUCCUGCACCAACUCCCAUUAAUAAGGAAGAUAUCUCUUCGGGAUUGGACAAAAGACUCGGUGAUAUGCAGUUAUUCGACAAGCAGCAUGUCAUUAUUCCGGAUCAUCUUCAGGUCACAGAGUCGGAAAAAUACGGACUCAGUUUUGGCAGUUUUGGCACCAGUUUUGAACAAGCUCCGAGCUUUCCAAAUGACCAUGGGAGCGAGAAGAGCUCUAUACUGCCUGAAUAUGAAUCAUCACAAGAUCUGGAGGAAGUUGCGGAAGAACCUGCCUCUAGUCAUAAGAGUGCAUCCUCCACUGUUGAAGCGGCAGCUGAAUCUGGUCAGCAGCAGCUGACUGCUGAAAUGACUGAUAAUAUCUCACCUCAAGAGGCGGAUAAUUUGUCCAGUACUCCUAAAGUUGCAGAGUUCGAUGAAUCGAAGGACACAGCAGCUUCACACAUGCCCCAAGAUUCUGUCCAAAAUGCGUACUCAACAUUUGCAGUUCCACCACAAUCACAAGGGAACCAGAUUCCAUUACUAGAGACAUCUGAAUAUCAGGUGCAACAACCAAACGAUUUUUCAGCGAAUUAUUAUACACAAAUUUACCGGCCAAUGGCUGAUGCCGACGGCCAUAUCUCACCAUUUACUGCUCCUGGAGCUGCGAUCAAGUCUGGGAACAUGCCAGUUCUGCCUUCUCAAACUGGCCAGACUCCAGAGGAACUCAACUCAGUGAUGCUGUCUUCGUCUGGACCCACUCCACUUGCCACUCCAACUCCUGGAGCUGUUCCAAGUUCUAUUUCUAUUCCGCAACAACCUCUUCCUAUGUUCCGUCAGCCUGUGGGUGUACAUGUACCCCAUUAUCAACCUAGCUUUAUCCCAUACAAUCAGUAUAUCUCUCCUUUCUAUGUUCCACCACAUGCCCUUCACCAUUUCAUGGGCAAUGCUGCGUUUCCUCAAGCUCCUUCACCUGGAAGCAUGUAUCCACCUGUAAGUUCAGCUGUUGCACCCCCAGUCAAAUACUCAGCCACAGCAUACAAACCUGGUGCCAACACUGGAAGUCAGACAUAUGCUGUAACGCCUGGUGCCUAUGGAACAUAUGGUUCUAAUCCAUCAGUCUAUACAAAUAACAAUGUGGUGCCAAGCGGCACUUCGGCAGAGAACGGUGAUGUCAGUGGAUCACAGUUCAAAGAAAAUAACAUCUAUAUUGCCGGACAGCAGAGUGAAGGCUCCACUGUCUGGAUUCCUGCACCUGGACGGGACCUAUCUGCUCUCCAAUCUAGCUCCUUCUAUGGCCUGCCUCCACAGGGGCAGCACCUGGCAUUUGCCCCUGCCCAAGCUGGUCAUGGUGCCUACGGAGGGAUGUACCACCCAGCACAGACUCUUGCUGGAGCUGCCGUUCAUCCUCUUCUCCAGCCAUCGCAGACAAUUGCUGGAGCUGUUGAAAUGGUUGGGCCGCCUGCCAAUGGUUAUCAGCAGCCGCAACAUGCUCAGAUGAACUGGGCUAACUAUUGACCACAGGCAGUAUAUUCUUGCGAGUAGCCACCAUAGGAUGAACAAAGAGAGCAGUCAUUUGUUGGAUACCUCGAAGUGUUGGUAAAGGAAGUUUUCCAGAGUUUUCAGCAUAGGGGGUGCCUGAUCAAGAGUGUAUAUAUCAAGCAUGGGUGAUUUGCAGGGAAGGGUUGCAGAUUCCCAGAUGGUCUAAGUGUUCGUUCGUCACUGGUUUGAUUUGUAGCAGGAACUGACCAUUAUGUUAGACAACGAGGGUCUACGCAGGUACCCGUUCUUUUGCCUCGCACCCCCACAUCAUUUUAAGUUUUGCUGCAAGAAAAGUUCCGAGCUUCGACUCUUUCUGAGGUAAUAGAUGCUCUGGACUUCGGAGUCAUGGUAUGGAAGUGAGCUAGGGGGAUUUUCAUUCUUUCCGCUGCUUUACAUGUAAAGUAGUAAAUUUUGGUGCUACGAGGACAUGUCUGUACUGUUUGUACUUGGGUGUAAUAUGAACAGUAGUAUAAACCAA